AAGGAAUGGUUAGAAAUCUUCAAUGAGACGGUACAAAUAUUAUAUUUCUUUUGGGAUAAUUAGUCCAUCUGUGGUUGGAGCACGUUUUGUAAGUUAUCCGGAUACACGUGGCUCUGGUUUUCGCAACAAAUCCAAAUUCAUUCACCAAAAUACGUACAAUGAAAUUUACGCAAGUAGUGUAGUUUCUCAUGAGUCAUCGGCCUUUCUCGGCAUUUUCCGUAGGCAAAUCUAAAAGAACCAAUCAGCUUCCAAUAUUGACAUCAAAUCGUCCAAUCAAAAGGCUCUAACAACACCUCGUGGUCUUUUCCAACAUGGCGGGUGAGUCCACCUCACAUCAUUUACUUUGUUUCAUAAAAAUUUGAACUUUUUGCGCCAAAUUCACCAUUAUUUCACUAUAUUUCAGAUUUGGAAUUUUAUCAAGAUGAUCCGGACGAAAAUUCAGAAGACGGUAAGGUUAUUUCUAUACAUUUAUGUCAAAUAUUCAUUAAAAUUCAACGUCGUCUAACAGAAAGAAAAUGUGCUCUGUAUGUAUGAACCGUUAUGAACAACGAUCGUUAUGCCCUUUCGCGCCGUCCAUGUUCUCCCCCCACUAUUUACUAUCCAAUGCAUAAUUAUUUCAGACUUAGUCCUUAUGAGACGUUCAAUUUGUACCUAUCUAUUGAAAAUAUAAUGGUGUGCAACACACUAUAACGCAUUAGAUUUAUUUUCUCUAGGGUCAAUGUGUUGAAAUAGGACCGAAUCUCCAUUUCAUGAUGGGGCGAGGUCAUGUGACCAAUCCUCCGCGACCUUUUCAACUUGGCCCGCUUUUCUUUUUCCCGCCACUGCUCCUGUUUUGAAAAGAUCAGUGUUCACCAAGAGGUUGUGUGUGGUGCUUAACACUUUUUUCUUAUCCAGACGGUGAUUUUAAAAUUCAGUUUAAUUUUUAGUGUGCUUUUAUUAAUACGCCCUGCUUAAAAAUUACAAUAUUAUUGACGGCGUGCCAAAUUUUUCUCUGAAUAGUGGACAUUGGUUAAUGAAAUCGAUCGCCUUGCCUUGUGCUACUACACAGCGCCCCUGGCUACCGUAAGAGGAACCGGCAAAAAGCACGCUUACUCAUUGAACUGCUACAAAUUUUGAAUGACAAGGCGUUGUCUUUGUAGUCCUAUAAAUUUUUAGGAAUUUGCGCCUUUGUUUCCCGAGCUUUAUUAAAUGUAUUUUCAAUGCCGAGCUAUAUUGAAUGCAUUUUUAAUUUAUAUGGACAUGGAAAAAACAUCCACACUCAGCGACUUGCCUUAUGAAAAGCUUAACAGAGAUUCCUGAUAGCCGAAAAGCUUAAAAGAGAUAUUAGAAUACAAUAUAAUUCGGAAUAGGCAAUUUUUUUCAUGAAAUAAACGUGACAUAUUUUUGGAUGGCUAGUGUUUGAUUCUCAUUCAGAUUAUUUUGCUUUCUUACUUUAUAAAGUUUAAAAAAAAACAAAAAACCUUGCUGACUUUCUGAGGCCUCACUCAACAUUUUUGACUUUGAAAAUAAGAUUUAGAAUGGGUAUCAAUAUUUGUUUAAGUAUUAGCUUAUUUUUAAAGUGUUUGUAGACAUGUACAAUGUGUAGUUGUAGUCCUAUAAAAUGGUAUUUUAUCAGAUUUUAUAUUUCACGAUUUUUUGCCUAGCUCAAUUUGCAGUACAGUUUAUAGUACAAGCUCUUCUACCAAUAACCGAUAAUCCAUUUCUUAUUUCAUAGACUAUAGCUUUGACAAUGGAUUGGGAGAUGUUGAGGAUCUUACUCCCCUUCAAAGACUGGAGAAAUACCUUGAUAGUGACAACAUUUUUAAUAGGCAAGUUUUAAUUCAUCUUCUAAGCUACAUGUCAAAUUUUUAAAUGCUAGGCCCUAACCUCAUACACGUAAAUUCACAAUUUUUUUCUUUAAUUUAUCACUUGUUUUUUUAUCAGACAAAUGCUGGCUCGAGGUCUUCUUGAUACACUUAGAGCUGUGUAUGAAUCUGAGGACAAUUGCAAUGCAGUUCUGGAUGCUAUGGCUCGACUAUCAGAAGAUCCGGGUAAAGUGAUUAAGAUAUUAUUUAUUUAAAUUCUGUAUAUUUAUAUUUGUCAUUUUUUUCGAUCUUCAAUUAAUUAAAAAAAAUUUUUAAAAACUUUUUUAGAACCAUCAGUCAGAUCCGAGUUGAUGGAACAAGUCCCACACAUUGCAGUGUAUUGUCAAGACAAUCGUCAUGUUUUUGAGAAUGCAGUACCUCGUUACAUUCUUCCCAUGGUGGUUCGCUACCUAAAUGAUUCUAACAGCCAGGUAUGUAACUCUAUUACUAUUACCAUAUUCUAGAAAUACUGUACAAUUUUUGUUCCAGUCUAUAAAAAGUCUUAACCCACAAACUGGUCAGACAAAAAUAAUUGGCUGACAUUUUUGUUCUGUACUGUGGCGGCCAAUGAAAAAAAAAAACACGGUCUGAUAGCAACUUCCAAUGCAAGAUUUAACAGGAGUUACAGCCACUUCCUUUUAUUUAAUAAUUAAAUCAUCUUCCGGGUCAAGCUGGUUUUUUUGUGAUAACUUAGCAGUAAGUACUUUUUCAUAGAAAUGUGUCCGUUUUUUGUUGUUGUUUGUUUGGUUUUUUUUUUAAAAAAAAAAAGAAGCUAAAAUGGCUGAAGCUAUGGCUGGGCCUUCAGUAUGAGUACUAAUAGAAAUAUUUUUGAAAGCUUUUUAGGAGAGGAUUUAAGUGAUACUGAUGAUAUUAACAUUCCCCAUGACGAUCUCAGUUUGGAUUCUUCUUCUACUGAAUCUGAUACUAGUCUUAGUGAUACUGAAGCAGGCCUACUUUUAGACUUCAAGCCAGGUCCAGAGAUUGGGCAAGGACUGACUGAAUUUUAGUCACAGAAGCUGCAGAUUAUAGAUCAGAACUAAUAAAUUUUAUAAUCGGUCCCACAGUUCCUUUUUAAAUGUUUACAAGUCAAUGACUUUUCCUCAGAUUUUGUAUGUUGUACUUGAUUUUAGCUGUGGUCCCAGUUUCUUAAUUUUUUUGCAGCAAUAAAUGACCUAAAAUUGCUUUCAGAGGCUUAAUUGUAAUCAAAAACUUAGCAAACUAUACAUUUUCUGAAAGAUAGAUGAAUUGGCUACAUUUGUAUUAUCAUGGAAUCUAAAAAAAUUAAUGAUUUGAGCAUGUGAAAGCAAGACAUGUUGUGGAUCCUCAUCCCCCCCCCAUAUUGAGCUCUCCAAGGUCAAGGACACAGAAUAAUUUUUUGUUUAUGGGUGGGCAAUAUAGCCAACUUUAUCCACAUCCAUUUACCCUUCUAAAAAUGUAUACUUUUUGGGGUCUUAUUUUAAUAUUUCUGCGUGAUUUAAUGCUGUUUCUAAAGGCACUUAAAAAGCUCCCACACUACUGCAUGAUCUAUUCCACAGUUUGUGGGUUAAAACGGCUUCACAAUCUUGUUUAUUCCCCCAGGUUCGCAAAACAAGUCAAGCUGCUCUGCUUGUAUUGUUAGAACAAGAACUUGUAGAAAAGUCAGAUAUAGAGCAGCAGGUUGUUCAUGUUAUCCUAGAUUUAGCAUCUCCAGAAAAUUUAGAUGAUUAUCGAUCAGAAGCUGCUGCUGUAAGUUUUAUAUCAGUUAGCAAUAAUAUGCAAGAAUGUGGAUGAGUGAAUUUGAUCUUUUAUGUUCCAUUGAUGUCCUCUGCUAUAAUUUUACUUUUCUAUUUUUUUAAUUUUUUUUUUUUUUUUUUUCCUGGGAAAGUCUCCACUUUUUCUUUUUUGAUGUGAAAGACAUGGGUAGUGAGAUGGUUAACAAGUGACACCUUACUACUCUGUCUUUUGCAUUAAUGAGAAAUUUUCAUCACGAUGCAUCACAGACCUAGUCUCAAACUUAAAUGUAGUGUAUAUGUCAAGCCAACAUCGUCAAUGCUGGAUGUUAUAGUAAAUCACAUUGGGCCUAUCACAGCCAGCUUUGAUGAGCGUUGUUCUGACUAAACGUUGUAGUCCUGUGGGUAAAAUUGGUGUUACAUCAGCAUGUUCCUUUUAAACAUUUUCUUUGCAGUGUUAGUUUUAAGUUUUUUUAUAUUUUGUUCUUCAGCAUUGUUUCUGAUUUGUUAAAAUUUAAAGUCAAAUUAUUCUAAAAUGUGAAGUGUCUACUUUAUUGAUAAAACAAUGUAUACUGCUCUGGCCAGGUGGUUGGGAUGUGUUAUUAUGCAUAUCACAGCCUGCUUGGAUCAGUACAGUGUCAUUUGUCAUCACGAAGACUGUUGUUUUAUGCUACCUGAAUUCUCUAGAUAAUCACCUUUGUGGCACGUCAGAGUGACUGUGAUUUGUUGAAAGUGGUCAUAUCACAGCCAGCUUUGAUGAGCUUCAAAACUGAUGAAAUGCUUCAGUUUGGUUUGAGGAUUGGUAUGUUGAAAAGGCAUCGUUUGAGUCACUAAGCAUUAGGUGAGCUUGGUGCAUUAUUUUCAAAGACUGCUAGUUUCUGAGGCAUCAUAGUGACUGUGAUGUGUUGGCAGAUUAUUCAUAUCACAGUCAGCUUUGAUGAGCUUAGGAUUUAAGCAUCAACUUCUCGUUUAUUGUGCCCUAUGUUGUUAGCGUAACAAGUUGAGCUGAAGUCUUUGUCUGGUGAGUGUCAAGUUAGAAGCAGAGCCUGAAUUGACAAGGUCAAGACCAGGCUACCCUGACGUCAAGGCGGUUGUGAUGUGGUGAUACUAACACAUAUCACAGCCAGCUUUGAUGACAGGGAUACCUCUAAGCUGCAGAUUUUAAAGAGUAUUUUGUGUUUCAAUCAUCUACCUUAAGUUUAGUGGAAAGUUAUUUAUUGUUAUUUGUUUAAAUUAAUUAAAUACCAGACUGUUUCACAAUGCUAAAAAAUAAGUUUAAAAAAUGUGAAAACUAUUUAAUAUUGGUAAAAUUAUAUAUUUUGAAGUUUAUGUUCACUGCUUAUAUAAGAAUUGUUCAUGUUACUGAUUACUAGAUUUGGGUCAGUAAAAAAUUGUCAAUAUUUGUGGUAAAAAACAAGAUAGAUGUAUGACACCUUUUUUAGGCAUUAUCAUAGCAUGAUGUGAGCGUAACUGUGGUUGCACUUUAAUAAUUUGUUGGUAAUUUUUUUGAAUUCUUGCUUAUCUUAUAUAUAACUGCUUCACUGACUAUAUACUUUAUUAUAUAAGAGUUGGUAUGGAGCGAUAGUUUUUAGAAAUUUUAAUGUAGGUUGUGCAUUGUUUUUUAUCAUUUCCUUUACUUAAUGCUUUCCAGCUCAUGAGUAAGAUGGCGCCUCUAUUAGGAAAGGAUAUUACUGAACGCCUUUUCCUCCCAAGAUUUAGUGAAAUGUGUAAUGAUCCCUUAUUCCAUGUUAGAAAGGUAAUCGGUUUGCAAUUUAAAAUAGUAAUAUUUUGGGUUAUUAAUGGAACAAGAAUCUAGGAGAAAUAGAAAUGAGUUCAAAAUAUAUAUUUAUAUAUUUCACAUUGAUGCCCAAUUUCUCUUACUUCCUUUUGGAUAAUACAGAUGUCUCGGUAUUAAAGGCCUAACUUCUGUCAAUAAAACGUUACUGCUUCUACCAUUUUUCUAUGGCAGACUUUUGUUUAUGAACUCAUUUAUAUUUCUUUGUUGUGUCUCUUUUCUGCUGAAGGCUUGUAGCUGAAACAUUUUCCUUUUACUGUCCUUGUCUUUUCAAUAUACCUUGUUCUAAUAUUUCAGGGUAUUUUUAUGCAGUUUAAGCUUUAUUGAAUUAAGUGGUUACAACACAGCCUUAUUUUAAUUUUGAAAACAAGUAUUCCUAUUCUUAAGUUUACUCACAAUAUUUCACAUAAAUAGUAUUUUGUAUUUAAAAUGUGAUAACUCUGGGCGCUGAAUACCUUGCCUCGCAUCAGCGGAUAUUAGGGCAAGGUUUCAGUUGUUGUUUUUUCAGAAAUGAAACAUGUAAAAUAAAUAUUUAGUCAUAGCUUUGUUCAUUAUCUUUUUUUUCCCCAUAGUCUUUAUCAUGUUAAUUGCUUUAAAGCAAUAUUGACAGUAUUUACCUUUUUAAAACGUAGUGAUGUUAAUAUUUUAUAUAUUUUUAAUACAAAUAUUUACAGGUUUGUGCUGCAAACUUUGGGGAAGUAGCAAGUGUAGUUGGGGUUAAAAACUGUGAAGACGUGCUGGUGAGUUAAUAAUUUUUUUGAAAGGGGCUGGGGGUGUGAGAUAGGCAGGGGAUGGGCAUCCCAAGGGGGUGCGAGAUAGGUAUAUGUGCUGUACCAACUGUUUGAAAUAUGUAUUUAAAUUAAUGGGAUUGGUGGUGGGAUGAGGUACUGCAAAACCAUUGACUUAAAUGAUUCCUUUGCAGGUAGACCUUUUGCUCUAAGAAUUUAAUGUGAUAUUUUGAUCUUAUUUGCUAUUAAACCAGACUUGGGGAACAUGUGGCUCGCUGUUCCAAAAGAUUGCCUACCCCUGGUUUACAAAAAAAACCAAAAAAUACAGUACUGAAAGUGCAUUAUGCAUAGUGCAGUUAAUCAACAUACAGGUUAUAAAGUAUAUUUGGCGCUUGCUAUAGUUCUCAACUGGACAAAAGCCAUUUUUGUACACAUAUACCUACUUAUAAUAUGUGGAUAUCUGAAAUUUCCAAAUAAUAUAUUAGACGUGAUAAAGUUAUAUGAUUUCAUUUGUAUCUUUAGCUUCCAAAGUUUUACCUCUUGUGUGAAGAUGGAGUUUGGGGUGUCAGAAAGGCAUGUGCAGAAUGUUUCAUGACAGUGUCAUGUGCAUGUUCUUUGGAGACCCGCAAAAAUGAACUAGCUAAUCUGUUUGUAAAUUUGCUCUGUGAUCAGUCAAGAUGGGUAAGUUUUCCCCAAAUUUACUUUACAUUACUUUAUAAGAGCUUUCUUGUAUUUAUACACUUCCUUAAAUUUAGUGUUUUUGUCCUAAUUUGUUUAUUAUAUAUUUCAAGGUUCGGAUGUCAGCCUUUCAGCAACUUGGACCAUUUAUCUCCACAUUUGCAGAUGCAGAGAGUAAAGGACUAGUUAUUAAUGACGAUGGAAGCCUUAGCUUUAAAAAUGCUGAUAGGUAAGAUAAAAAAUUAGGCUGUAUGACUUUGUAACCCUUCUAUGUAAAUAUUAUCUUAGUUUUUGUAUAUAGAAUGUAAUGCGAAGUCAAUGUUUUAUGUAGUAACUGCAAGAUAUUGAAAAAUAAAUAUAUUAAAAAUGCGUUUCCUAUUUUUGUAUGGUAUGCACAUUUUUGUCUGGUGAUUUUUACCUAUUUUCUUCCCAAGAUCAACAUUUUAUUGUAAUCUUUUAUGUACUCUUUUUCACUUGUUUUUUUUAUUUAAAAUUUAUUUUCAGUUUUGAUGAUCUUGUUGGAUCCUUAGCUGAGAAGGAAAAUGGAGAUUCCAAUUUGUCUGGAAUUUUACAGCUCACAUCUUUAGAUACUGUACACAACGACUCAACUUUAGAUGCACUUACAGACCAAUUAGAUUUAACAUCUAGUGACAUUAGCAACAACAGCAGAAUGCAAGAUGAGGCAAUGCUUGUGGAUAGUUGCGAUGUUAAUGGGGGGGUUGUUGAUGAUGAAAUUUUAAUGGGAAAGGGUAAACUUGUGUUUGAUUUAGAAGAAAAGUCUGUUGAGGAGAUAAGGGCAGAAUCAAUAGAGCAAAGUUCAUUAAAGAACAAACCAUGCAGCCCAGUGAAUGUGACAGACGCUCGUCAUUCUCUCUGUGAUAUUAGUAAUAGCAGUAAUAACGUCAACAGUCAACUAGCCCCUGAAACUGACAUAUUUAAAUCUCAUGUUCAGUCUAGUGUAUCAGCUGGUACUGAUCUGAAACAGGAUUCAGCUGAAGAUGUUGAAAUUAAGUGUGAUAGUAUUCAUGAAGCAGGUAGUGGAGAUUCAAAAGGAGGUGAAGGAACAUUUAAUGUGCCUUAUUUGGAUAACCAGAAAGGUGACCAACUAGAUUCUGAUAGUGUAUUUAUGGAAAAUUCUAAGGAGAAAUGUGCCACCAUAACUAAGCUUGAACCUGGGAAUGAUGCCUCUGCUGGCAGAGUCCAUGUUCAUUUAGAUAAUAACUUCAAUACGUUUCAGUACUGGCGCUCUCCACUCCCAGAAGUAAAUAUAGACUUUGACAUAAUAAAUGGACAGCCAACCAACAUUCAUGUUGUUGCUAAAGUAAAAGAUGAAGAUGCUAAAAAAGUUUAUGCUUCAGAGAUGAAUGUCAGUAUAUCCGGUUCUUUCAAAUCUAGGACAGAUUCUUUGAUAAAUUCUGUAUCGGGCUUGUCAUUAGGAAACAGUAUGACUCCAUCAAUUUCAAACUCAUCGUAUGUAACUUCUGAAGUUGAAAAGUCUGGUGUUCGAAUACAUACAGCAAGUGUUAGCACUGUAAGUGAUGUAGCUGAUGAAACUGUGUCCCAUAUAGGCAGCACUCAUGUUUUAGGUCAUCACUUGGGCGAGCAGCAUUUAGCAAUAGUGAAUGGUGUUGUUCAAGGUAGAGUUGACUUUCCUUUAUUAUGAAUCACUUAAGUAAUGUAUAAAUAUAUAAGAACCAUGCUGCAGCAGAUUUUGUCUUUAGUUUCCACAUAAUGCAUAUUGGUAUAUCAUAGCACCAGUAAAGUAAAAACAUCUUUACUUACAUUCUAACAAAUAUACUUUCUGGUUAUUAGUUGUUGACCUAAUGCCCUCAAAUUUAGCAAAUCUGUGUUCUAUGUAUAUAUUAUUUUAUAUUAUUUCUUUCUAAACUAUUCAUGCUAUAUUUAUUUUAAUAGAAUUAUUUAAAAUAUAUUUGUUAUAUCAUAUACGCCAGAGAAUUGGAUAUAAGGCUUUUUCAAUACUGGAUUAGUAAUAUGGAUUAUUUUAAAUAAACUUUGUAGGCAAUUAGAUAUAUCAAAAGUAAAUUUUAAUUAUUUAAAACCUGAUCCUCAAAAGAUUUUUAUAUUGAAAAUUUCUUUGUGUACACUUAUAGAUUUAAGUACCAGCAACAUCAGCUUUAUGGAUGAUAUGCAGUCUAUGAUGGACUUUGGAUUAGAUGAUGCAUCACUCGCUCAGCAACAGGUAUUGUUUUUUUAAAGUAGCUAAGAUAAUUUUGUGUUCUUGGGACAAGCAAGUUGUAAAAGCAAAUUAGUUUUAGCUAAGGAGCGUUUCUUUCUUGGCCUGUUUGUAUAGUUAUUUCUAAACAGUCGAUGCAGUAACAUAUUUCAUUAAAUAAAUUCAUUAGCUGCAAUGGCAGUAUUACAAUUCUAGGAUGGCUAAGUGUUGUGGAGUUUCAGAAAUUUGAAGAUCUCCAAAAAAGUUGGAUAUAGUAUUUGAAUAGAGGGUGGAUUGUUUAAAGAUUUAAAGUUUAAAAUUCAAAAUACUAGAUUCAUUGUUAUUAGUACCAAUACUGAGUAAGUUCCAAUUAGCAGUAGGUGGGCAAACUCGAGCCCGGCAACUGAUAUUAUGCGGCCAUCGAAGGCAUUUAGAAAUGAAAAAAAAAUUACUUGGUAUUAAAGUUAUUUUGUUGAAUUUUACAGAAUUUCAUGUACCAAUUGUUCUAAAACAUUGUUUAUCAAAUUUCUUUCUGUCUAAUUUCAAUUCUUUUAAACAGUCCUUUACUUUUGUCAAGUAAUGCUAAAAUGUGAAUUUACAGAUUUUAAUAUAGAGAAAUGUUUAUCGACAUGUAAAAAUGGAACAUAACAUGCAUGCGGCCCCCCAUUAGCUUUUCAAAAAAGUUUGCCCACCACUGCAACAAGCAGUGCUUCCUUAUUAAAUUGGCUCGACUCUAAUUUUUGCCCCUUAAUAAUUAGCAUUUCCAGCUGUGGAAUAAUGAAUUUAUAGUCAGGCUUAUUUAUUAUUUGUCAGAAACUGUUUUGUUACUUUUUCUUAAUUUCUAUUCUUUUUUAAUCAAUUCAAAACAUGCAAUAAAAAGGUAUAAUUUUUGGCUUAUCUUUAUAACUUAACUGUGUGUAGACUGUAGAUAGUUUUGAAUUAAAGAGUGUAAGAUGUUAUGAAAUUAUUUAUCUUAAAAUAAAUCUUCCAGAGUAUUGUUCCACAAUUGCUGUUAGAAAAUUAUCUGGGUAUGGUAGAUCCAUCUCGUGCCCAAACUGUGGAUGGAGAGAUCACAAAACAUUGUGCCUAUAAUUUACCUGCUGUUGCAUACACAUUAGGACGUCAGAAUUGGCAUUGUAUAAAGAACUUAUAUGAGAGACUAGCACAGGAUAUGCAGGUAUUUGGAUUGUCUCUUUAUACUUUAAGGGUUAAACGGUAGUUUGGUUAGGAAAUGCAGGCAGUUUAAGGAAGUUUAGUUUGGUCUCAACCUAGAUUAAAUUUUUUUCCCAGUAUGAUUUGAAAAUUUUUGUUUUAUAAACUGUUUGCUAUAUUGUUUUCUCAAGUUAUUUUUUUAGACUAAGUUAUUUAUAAACUAACUUUACUCUUAUAAUUUUUAGCAUUAAAAGUUUGGUGUAUUAAGAUUUUUUAAUGUUUUGGGUUUACUUAAUAUGAUGUUGUCAAUUUCAAUCAGUUUGUUGUAGACAUUACUUACAGAAAGAAAAUCUUUUAAAAUUUAAGUUUUUGAUUUGGGAGUGUAUAUUAUCAUAAAGAAUAGCAGAAAAAAAUUCAGUAAUUUCUGACAGGCAUUACUCCUUAGGUAUUUUUGACAUUUCAGUGGAAGGUUCGUCGCACCUUGGCAUUCUCUAUGCAUGAACUUGCUAUGAUUGUUGGAGAUGAAAUUACUCAUACAGAUUUAGUACCGGUUUUUGAUGGUUUUCUCAAAGAUCUAGAUGAAGUACGGAUUGGUGUAUUGAAGCAUCUUGCAGAUAUUUUUCGGGUAAGAAGUUUGUACCAUUUUUUAAAUCAGAACCUUCAAGCAACCUUUAAAAAGUUAAACAUAAUACAAUCAUAAAAUUAAUACAUCAUCAUUGUGCAUGGAAGUUUUUUUAAUUUACAUAUUUAAAGUCUUGAUUAGUUUGAUUCCAAGAGUAUAAUGAGUUAUAAAUUUUUUGUUUACUAAGCAUACCUGUUCUUACGAUUUUGGCGUACAGUGUACGAUUUUGAGAUGUCUUUUACGUUUGUACGCCGAGACCCGUCAGAAAUACAAUAUGACUAAAAAUAUAUACAUGCCGUAGUUUUGCUGUUUAAAAAAAAAAAGUAAUAAAAGCACAUCUUCAGUUAUUAGUUUUAAUUUGCAUGUUACAUCCAGCAGUGAAUGUUAUGAGAAAUAUGAUGAUUGGUUGUGGGCCAUCUAUAAUUAUAUUACGUGGAGUUGAUUGAGGAGAUUUUGUGUUGGGGUCUAAAUAUGUAAUUAUUUAAAAUUUAACACAUCAGAUUUUCAAAUGAUAGUGUAGGGGAGGGGUGUUUUGUCAGAAAGUACGCAAGUUAUUAACAAAUUUGACAAUAUUCAUUCUGAAAUUCAAAAAAAUUUAUCUUUUGGGCAAUGCUUUGUAGUAAUUAUUGUCAUGUAUUUUCACAUAUGAACUAGCUAGGUACACUCGGUAGUAGAGAUAUUACAGUAAUAUUUAUUCCACUGUCUUCAAUGUGCUUGUGACAUUUAUUUUGUGGGAAUACGCCAGUGGUUCUAAAAUAUUAAUUUCCCGGUGCCUAUGCCAAAUUUAUGUGUUCACCAGGCUCUUUGUGUUAAAUUCUAACAAGUGCACUAUGAAAUAGCGCACACAUAAACAAAAUAAAUUAAAUGGUUAGGUGUAAAAUAAAUAUAACAUUAUGUAGGUAACUAAGUGCCAACUAGUAACUACAAACAGUAGUUUCUCAAGGGGGAAACUGCACCGUGACCGAAAGAUUAAAAGUGGAAAUAAAGUAAUGAAAUUGAAUAUUUUGCAACAUCACUGUGAGGAAGCCGCCACCACACAUAUAGAAAAAUGUGCACCCACCAGGCAGACCAGUAGAAGGAAUAUUUUUAGCAGCCCUUGUCUUUGUGAAGUAAAUGGGAUUUUAUAGUUUCCCUAUAAAUUCCCUAUUAAGGUCAUUCCUAAAAACAAUUUCGGCGCCCCCUUAUUUUGGAGCCUGUUUCACCUAGUCCUAUACUCUUGGCCCUGCCUGUGCUGUAUGGCAUAAUUUUGUGACAAUUACUUCUUACAGCUGCAGACCUGUUUAAUCUUACGAGUUUAGUGUACAAUGUACGAUUUUGGGGUGUAUACAUUAUAUAUACAGUAUGUUAUUUUUAUACUAUUAAGAUAAUGUAUUGAGCUAUUUUGUGAUAUUGUACGAUGAGUUUGAGGGUCACGGGUCUGUGGCUGGCAAGUGCAGAAACUGAGAAAACUUGAGGAUACAUUCACUAAUUAUUUCUCAGCAAUAUUAGAUUCCGACAUGUUUUAUAGGAUCCGUGGGAAUCUAAAUUAGCUUCCUAUUUAAGAUAAAUCUAAGCAGGUGUACGAUUUUUAAUGCCCCCUCUACCUUUCACCCAUUUACAACUUGUAGUAGUUGUCAGAUUGUAAUAUAUUAACUGGAAAUUGGCAUAAUGGAUAUUGAUUAUUUUUAUUAAAAAAUAUAUAUAUAUUUUCCUAAAAAUUCAUUCUCAAGUUGCUUGGUAGGUAUGUUUUUUUUAAUGACGCCUUAAUUUGUUAAAUAAUUUUAUAAGUUUUAUUUUAUGCUGAUCUGACUUUGAGAUUGAACCAUGUCAAAUUUCAUUUUUUUAAGGAGAUCCUUUUGUUCCUUGAAGAUUCGUUUAUUUUAAACUUUUCAUAUUUAAAAUUGUAUCAUACAUAAAUAGAUUCUAUAAACCAUUCUGAUAUCUUCUGUUGAAAUGAAGUGUGCUGUGUAUCGUUGGGCAUGAACAAAAAUUUUUGGGUAAUAGUUUUAAAAAGUGCUGUGACCCCUGGCCUGGGCUAUUACGUCCUGCAUCAAAAGGCACCAAAUGGCAUUCAACUUUAUUUUAGUUCAUUGACUUUUUUAACUGAAAAAUGUAAUAAAAAAAAUUGGACUUAUUUUACUUAUUCAUUCAAAUGAUCUUAUGAUUAUAAAGUCAAAGCAACUUGCCUUGAGUUUUCCAGAUGUUUUUCUGUGAUCUCGCUGCUAAAACUUUUGUCUUUAAUAUGUUAAUGAUCGAAAAUGCAGUCUCAAUGUAUGUGAGUUUAUAGUAGGGAGCUCCUAGUUGUAGAAUCCAAUUUUUUUUAUUUUAGUGCUGCGCAUGAGACAUAUCAGGUUACUUAAAAAAUAAUACAUUUUUUAUAUUUAAUUGCCAGAAAUAGCCUCAUGGGCCUGGCUUUCAGUACCCUUCACUUGCUAAAUUUAUUUUUAAGAGUUAUCAUAAAUGUUUAAAUAUUCUGUAACAUUUGUUGACUUUUUUUCACUUUCACAGAGGUUAAAUGGGUUAUAUGAAGAUGGGAUAAUUUCUAAAUCAAUUUUGAUGUUCUUAUUUAUACUCUUCAUUUCAUGUUCACAGUUGCUUAGGCCAGAAGUUCGACUCCAGUAUCUUGGAAGGACUCAUGAGUUUAUGAAGACAGAUAAUCAACGAAACUGGAGAUUUAGAGAGGAGCUUGCAGAGUGAGUAAUUUAUUGAUUAUUGAUGUCCUUGUUUUAUAUUUGUAGACAUAAGUCAUUAUUUAAAUAUAUUUACUCUAUGUGCCACAAAUGUCAGUAAACUCUGUCCCUUUUUAUAAAUUAUGAAUUACAAAUUUCUGUUUUUUUUUGUCAACAGCCAACUAGUACAAGUGUGUGAUCUUUUCCAUUGUAUAGAUAUAGUUAAUAAUAUAGUUCCACUGGCUAUGGUGAUGUUGACAGACAAGGUGGCACAAGUCAGAUUAGUGGCUCUUAGAUUGGUAUGUCUUAUGGUGUUUCUAUGUAACAUAUUCACUUUGCAAGCUGUAAAAAAAAAUUGAUACCAUUUACCUUUAUAUCAGUGGGGGAAAAAACGUGUUGCACACUAGCAUUAAAUUAACCCAUGGCUGUAAUAGUUGAUAAUUUUAUAUAUUGAUAAUAUUUCAUGUAUUAUCAUUUUUAAAAUAAUCAAUCCAUCUUAAAUUAUCUGGAGUUAUUUUUGUUAAAACUAAGUUGGUGGGACCUGCAAAACCAAAGCCAAUGAAAGUGAUUUUGAUGAUUGUUUUGUUGGCAUUACUCAUGGUAGGGAUAAUUAUAUAAUUACUAGUAGCUGUUCAAGUUCUCAUCAUUGAAGCAGUCGAAUAUAUGGUAUUAAUGAAUUUAAAAGGCAUCUAUAAAUAUGUAGGUCACUUUUAAAUUUUUUUGAAAUGUCUAUAAAUCCAAAUAACUGAUAUCUUUAUAUUUUCUAAACUGAAAGAAUAUUUUAUGUUCUAAAAACUUAUCUAAGAGAUAAAUAGGACCCAACAGUCAAAGUGAGUUGAUAAAAGAUAAACAGAACAAAUGUACUCACAUAAUUCCAACAUUCAUACCAGAAUAUCUUAAUUAAUAUGGAUCACUGGGUUCAUUUUCUAUUAGUUUUGGGUAUUUUAUUGAUACAUUUCAAAGUUACUAAAAAAAAAAAUAUAUCACAUUUGCAUAUGACAGAUCAUGCAUUAAAAAAAGAAUGAUUAUAAAAUUAUUUUCAGGAUUUAUGAGUGUUGUAAAAAAAAAUUUCCUCCAUUAAUGCUUAUUCUUGUGAGAAUUGAAAAGGAACAGACCUGUUUACUCUUACGAUUUUGGCGUACAAUGUACGAUUUUGAGAUGUCUUUUGCGAUUGUGAAAACGGAGAAAACUAGAGACGUUUUUUAAAAUAAUAAAAUACAUGAUCCCACCGUUCUGCACUGGAACGUUGGAUGUGGACAUAUUUUAUAAAAGCUAGUCAGGGGCAUUUAAAAAAUAUUGGUAGAACUCGUAAAGCAGCUCUUUACCCUCAGCGAUCGUAAUAUGACAGUUUGGUAUCACGACUAAUACUGCCCACCCCACCCCUUUUUUUAAACAGAAUAAAUCAUACGACUGCUCAAUUCUCUCCCCCCCCCCUCCCUAUUGGGGGGGGGGGUCCUGCCCGUUGGCAAUAAUUCCGUCACCACCACGGAAAGAUGAAUUACUGGACUGCAGUGUGUUAUCGACUAAUACUGCCCACCCCACCCCUUUUUUUAAACAGAAUAAAUCAUACGACUGCUCAAUUCUCUCCCCCCCCCCUCCCUAUUGGGGGGGGGGGGUCCUGCCCGUUGGCAAUAAUUCCGUCACCACCACGGAAAGAUGAAUUACUGGACUGCAGUGUGUUAUCACUAUGUCAUGUUCAAUUUUACAACUACAGAGAUCUCUUUAUGAAAACACAAAGCAUUAGUAGCUUAUAUGAGUAGGCCUAUAUGCUUACUGCGAAAUAUUGUAAUAUUUUUUAUAGCCUUAAUAAUGAUAAUAAUAUUAAAAAAGGCCUAAUUAGAAUUCACGGAUUUCACAGAUUUUUAGAUGACAGUUGGCUCUAUAAGAGACUGUCAGGAUAAUUAUUGUAUGCAUAAAUGUAGGUGCAGUCUAUUGACCAACACACAACACACACCCCCCACACCAUCAAAUCUAUCAUAUGCAUCCUCUGCGCCUACAUAAUAUACGUAAUAGUUCGAUGGCCCUUUGUUUUACGUUGACAAGGUGCGGCUGGGGGUGGGUAUAAAUAUUUUAUAAAACUUUAUUUUGCGUACCAGGUAUGUUAUACAUUAAUGUCCCAUUUCCCUAACAGCUUUGGUGUUCGAAUUUGGCUACAUUGACGGGUGUGCAUGUUGCCUGAUUUUAAUGUUACCAUUAAUGGAAUCGGCUAUCCUUUUUUUCUUUUUCGGUCCCCUAGUUUAGUUUACCUGGUGAGUAUUUUACGAUAUGGCCUCCACAAAAAGAAAGGCACGGGAAACCGAUGAUGAAGAAGAAACGUCUACUUCUACCGAUAAACAUCAGCUUCAACAGAAAGUUUAUAUUCUUGCUUGAAUAUAAGACACAAUUUACUGUGUUGAAGUCUUCAUAGAAGUGUCCAUCAUACGCCCACUGCACAUUCUGCAAGUCGGACUUUUCAGUAGCAACCAGAGGCAAAAUGAGUGGUGUGGAUUUAGGAGAUAGUGUGUAUGGCACGGGUCUAAAUAUUUAAAUCUAUACAAUCAACACAGUCACCUACAUUUUCAUGUCAGUUUGGGGUGUGUGGAGGGGGGGAGGAUAUUCCUCUGCAGAAAGUUCAUGCAGUAUUUAAAAAUGCUACAAUAUUCAUACCGAAACUUGGAAAGUCCAAAAAUAGCACAUUUAUAUUUCGAAUGCUGUAAAAUACCAGCCAAUGUUUGCAGGAAUUAUCGUGAUGUUGUCAAGAUGUAUUUUCACAAAUGAACUUCCUAGCUAUACCUAAACUCAGUAUUAGAGAAAUUACAGUAAUGUUUAGCGCACCGAAAGGUAAGGCCACGUGUUACGUAUAAUUCGGUGGGCUACGCCAGUGGUUCUAAAAUUUUCGUUUCCCUGCGCCUAUGCCACACUACGGUUUCACCAGGCUCCCUGUGUCGAAUUCUAACAUGUACAAUUCAAAUACACAAAAAAAAUAAGGGUUGGAUAAAAAUAAAUAUAACGUGUAUGUAGGUCACUGAGCGCCAUCUGGAACUGCAAACAGCAAUUGCUUAGUGGGUUACUGUUAACACCACGACCGAAAGUUGUCACAUUGGUUUAAAAGUGAAAAUAAAAUAAUGAAUUUUUAAAAAUAUUUCGCAAGGCCCUGAUGAGAAAGCCACAGCCACCCCCUUGCCCGAGGGCACUGAACACGCUGUAGGAGUAGUUAUUGUAUACAUUAUAUAUACUGUAUUUUUAUUUAUUCACUAUCAAAAUACUGCGUUGUACGAUUUUGAGAUGAUAUUGUACGAUUUUAGGAGUUUGGGGGUAAACAGGUCUGUAGGAAUAUUUUAACUCAAAAUAUACGUUAAACUGCGAUAUAUCAGUUUUAAUCCUAGCUAGAAUGCACAUAGAAAGAGAUAUACAAGUUUUUAGUUUUGCUGUGAAAAGACAGCCUAACAUUCUUUCAUUCGACAUGUAACUUUUGGAUUCAACUAAAGUUGUUUUUUUUAUUUAUCUGCGGUAUAUUUUUGUGGCUUUGUUGUAAAUUUUCUUAUCCUUUCAAUGCAGUUGUGUGCCAUAUUGAAAAAGACUUACAUGGAUGAAGAAAAGAAACUGUUGGCAUCAGUAUGCAACAAUAUAAUUGAGCAAUUUGCAGCUGAUUAUCGAUGGCUGUCACGACAAACGUAAGAGAUAUUGAUUAUUAACCAUUUGCUUUAGUUAUCAGCUUUAAUACCUAUUGUUGUUUUGCUUUCAUUUUAUUGAAAUGCUAAUUAAUUAUUUAUAACAGAAUGCGAUAAAUAUAUAUGUAUAAUAUUAAAUCAACAGAUUUGCACAGCUGUGUUAUGUUAUACUAGAAGAAAACAGCUUACCCCCUGAUGUCUUUGCUCGAAACUUUCUCCCAAGCUUAUUAGCUCUUAGCAUGGACCCUGUGCCCAAUGUCAGGCUUUCUCUUGCAAAGGUUAUGUCACAGAGAAUUAUGCCUUUAGGUAAGUUUCUCAAAAAUUAUUUGAAUAGCUGAGACAGCUUGUAAGCUUCACAAUGCUGAUUUUUCCUAGAUAUCUUCCUUAAUAAAGAAACUAUUGACCACCUUUAUUCUUGAUGAUAAAACUGUUCCCAAUGUAUUACUAAUAUGGUGGUAUAGAGGACUUGUUUUUAACCAAUAACUUCCCAUUGGCUUGACCACAAAACAUUUAUAUUAUCCCAACGUAAGGGGAAUAACUCUAAACUACAAAUUUAGUUCUUUUACAAAAAUAAACGCAUCUCGCUAAUUUAAAAUCCAAUUGAUGUGAAAAAAAUUGCAUUAUGUAGAGAAAUGAAUAAUCUAUCAGAUGACACCAAAUAUGUAGGGGUGUACUAAAAAUUUACAUACAAAAAAAAAUUAAAAUGUUAGAAAAUAUGCAAAAAAUUCAAUUUGUCACGACAAUUUCUGUACAUUUAUUGAUAAAUAAAUACCUUAGUUUAACUUAGCAUGGAACUGAGCAAAACAUAGCUCAUCACAAAGGUGUGUGUUACACAACACACACCCAAAAACAGUUUCAGGUCUUUUAUUCGAUUCAGUGCGAACGUUUUUCUGCCGACACUGAAAACAUUGUUUUUUGCGCCCUGGGAGUCGAAUUCUACGAUGCUCCAAAGAAGUUCCAGGAACAGCCAAUCCACCAACAGCAGGGACCUCCGCCUGUCUUCUUUUCCUUGAAGAACCCUUCAUGAGGCUGCGAGCAAUGUCCAAAUGGAAAUUUAAAUGCGACACUGGCUUUGAUGUCGGGGGAUGUGGCAUAUUUUUGUAUAAAAUAUACGCAUUCAGGGCUGCCGUCUCAACCAAAAACCACAAACAACAUCUCCACCAUUUGUGGCUUUUUCGGCCAAUAGGAUAAUAUGAUCUUAGCUGAUCAUGUCUGUCCACCCCACCCAUAUUAGCAUUGUAGAUAAGUACAGACUGGGGGAUCUGUUUAUCAAUAGGGCCGUCUUUUGUACGGCGUGAUGCAGUGCCUAAUGUAGGCGACGCGUUGGUUGAAAUCAUGGAGAUGGCACGUUUGUCUCUCCACCAACAUGCAACCAGACUCCCUAUCUGCCUCAUUUCACAGUGGUUCUUGUUGAUUUUACCUUUGAGGUCCUUGGGCCAGUGUCUCCUGUUUUGUCGAGUUGUCGCACAUGAAUAGGUGCCACUUGAUAACAAAUCCGAUGCCAACUGCACCGACGAAAAAAAAUUGUCAAAAUAAAAAUGAUGAUUUUUAUUUAGGUAUCUGUUGCCUAAUUUUUGUAUGACAUUAUAGCCCAGUCCAUUGGGCAUAAUGGUGUCGGAUUUCCCUGUAUAAAAAUCAAAGUCUAAAAGGAAUGAUGUCGCCGAGUCACAGCAGCACCAUACUUUGACACCCCAUGGGUGGGGCUUUCCUUUUAUAUAUUGUUUGAAAGACAGUCUGCCUCUAAAAGGUAUCAUAGCUUCGUCAAAAGCUAUAGCAGCUCCAGGUCUGUAUAAUGUAUUACAGGCAUCUUUUACAGCUGUGAUGACUGGUCUGAUUUUAUACAAGGGAUCGUACCCAUCUUGGCCUUUCGGGAUAUAAUUCCUGCUGUCAGCCAGGUGAAAGUAUCGAGAUAUUUCUUGAUACCUAUUUCUUGACAUCACAUCUGCCACACUGGAUACUUUUAACAGAGGAUCUGUUGACCAGUACAUAGUGUAUGCUGGUAGUUUGUGCACACCAAACAUCAUAUUGAUAUAUAUGAAUGUUUGAAUGUCACUGACAGUGACAGGAGUGAAAUUGUUAGCAUUCCUGUAGGCAGCAUACAAAUUGGUCUGGUCAGAAAUCAUUUGUAUAAUUUCAUCAGGAAAAAAUAAUUUAAAAAAUUCCACUGGCUGAGCCUGAUGAUCAAUAUUCAUGUUUACAAUAUUAGGCCCAACACCUGAUGUAAACAUCUCAAUUUCCACUGGAUUGAGCGUAGCACUCCAAGGAAAAGACUGAGUAGUAGUAGUAGUAGUAACUUCACUAUCGACACUAUCGUCGUCGGAGCUCUCACUGUCAGUAUCAAGAUUGCUACCACUAUCAAAAACACUUUCAUCAGGAGUUUCGCCAAAUCCAUUUUCAAUGUCACUUUCAUUGGAAUCACUAUCGCUAUCGCUUUCAUUACAAUUAUUGGAAACCAAACUUUCUAAAAAUCGGAAAGCCAUGCUUCAAAUUCAAUGAUUUUCAAAAAUCCGUAGCUCGCGUGUCUCUCAAUGUAAUUCGUUUCCGUAAAAAGGAAAAGGAAGUAGAUCUUUUCUACUUUCAUACUAUAGCUGGUUUAUUAUUUUAUACCAACGUUUUCUGGUCCAAUACAUCGUUUAUUUGGCAUGUAUAUAUAGCCGGCGAUGGCGGGCGAUGGCGGGCGAUACGGUAUAAAACGCUAGCGGGCGAUGGCGGGGGAUACGGGAAGUUACUGGUUAAACACAUUUAUCUUUCAGUCUAUACUUGCCUACUUUAUGAUUAGCUUUUCUGGGCUGGUGGUAUAUUUUUUAAAGACAGGUUUUCAAGUCUUCUAGCAAGGCAAUGUCAGCAGAAAGAGGGUUUCUAACAACUGCCUUCAGGCAGUUAAUCUAUUAGCUACCCUAACUCCCAGUAACCCAAAUAGCAAACACUUGUAAACGCAUGAAUUUUAAAUUGUAAUUUUACUUACAUAUACGUUCCAGUUCCCCCUAGACACAUUUUUUUUAAAAAAUCUAUUUUUAACCAAGCUAUCCAAACCAGUUUUAAAAAUUGGGGAUGCUAGCCCAACCCCUUAUUUGUUAGAAACUAAGAGGGGCACCUUGAAUGUAUGAUCUCAUAAACAAUGAUUAGCAUUCUUCAGUCCUCAAGUUUAUUACCAGUAGGGGUGUGUUCACUAGAUUAUCUUAAAAUAUAUUUUAAAAAUAUUUCCAGAUUUCUUAAAAUAUUAUAGCUCUAAAACCUAGUAAGCACAUCAUGUUCUAAAAUGUCAUGACUACUUUCAGACUCAUGGGUUAAAACAUAAAAUUUAUGCCAUUAAAAUGUUACUUUAAAUUUGUACACAGUAAAUUUAUGUAUCUGUAUUGAUAUUUUUCUUUGCUUUCGUAGAGUUUUUUACAACCCAACAGAACCCUUAUCAUGAGGAUCUAGUUCAGACUCAGCAAAGAUUACAAUGUGAUGCAGACAAAGAUGUGCGAUAUUUUGCCACCCAACAACCAGGGACAGAACUAUCACAUGAUCAUGACAUGGUAGGAAUCAUAAGCUGA